UGGAAUGUUGCUGUGAGAACUAGAGACAACUUUUGGAAGGGCCCCGAGCCAUCCUAGAGUGAUGGCUGAAGGGACAAGGGAUAGGCUAGGUCUUAGAGGACCAUUUACAGGCAUUUGUGGGGAGCUGCUGUGUGCUCAGCUGUAUAUUUUCUGGAGAGCAAUACAGUCUACCCAGAAAGACCAGGCAACAGUGAUGGGGCAGGCUGCAGUACAUGAGUUUAGAAUAAAUUAUAAUUGAUUUCCAGCCUACUUCCACAAAAGAAUCAGAAGAAAUAGCCAACAAAAGUGUCUCCCCUAGUGAUUGUUACUCUCAGGAAGAUUGAAAACCAUGCAGAGGAAGGGGGCAAGCACUCAGAUGAGACAGAUGGUGACUUUAUCUAAAGAGUAAAUUUAGCUUGGAGAUUCCUGGCAGCCAAAGCAGAAAGAGAAGUAAGACGAGCUGUAUAACUGGCAUUUUCUGACAAAAUGAAGCACCUGAUUUAUCAAAGGGAGACACUUUUUUUGUCACAAAAAUCCAAAAGUAAUUUUCAAAGGCUUUUCACUAAAGAGCCAUUAAUGUCAUUAAUGUAAGAGGCAGAGUGUUACUGGGUUUUCAGAUUUUUCUUGGGACUCCUUCUGAUCCUGAACAAGCAUGGAGGGUACAGCAGAUAUCAUAGAGUGUCCGACAUGACCCCGCCUGGCUUUAACAUGACACGGUGGACUGUCUUGACCUCUGGCUGCCUUUGUCCACUGUGCCAUUGGCAUUGACCUAUCUGAAUGUGGGACUGAGCUGCUUGGCUCACUUAGCUAGUCCAGGUUGCUGGGUGUAGCAGGUGUGCCACUUUCACAUGCUGUGGGAAGGAAGAACUGACUUUGCCCCAGAAACUGUCAUGGGCACACUUGAUUUGUUAGUUUCCUUGGGGGAUAAAGAAUCCACAGCACAGCACCUGCUGAGUGGUUGUUGGCUCAGAGAAAGCAAUUGAAGCCUCAUGCUGAUAGCAAGAGAUGUAUCAGAUACAAGAGGAUGCCUCAAUCAGCAUUCUCAGCUGCAGUCAAGAAAAAUGAAUUGUGGCCUAUGUAAACAGAAAAGGUUGGCGGGCGUGGCCAGUGCAUGGCCCAAUCACACCACUAGCCUGGGCUGGUGGUGACAGUUCUGUUGCCAUCUCCAUCACUGGACACCAUGCCAGUCCUUCUCAUGUCAGAACUGCAUACUGCUGCCAUCCAACACCAAGAUGUGUGCUUUCCAUUUGCUGUGAGGCCUUGAGCCACGGCCGGGGCUGCGAGGGUAGCUGGGGUGGAGGGAACACUCAGCACCUAGAAAACGAGUGCUUGGCGUUCUGCUUGGUGGGAAGCUGGGAAUGGCACCCACCGAGACUCAUAAGGGACAAGAGUUGGAAAACAGGGAAGAGUGAAUGAUAGGAGGCCAGAAAAAACAGUCGAGCUUUGGGAGUUGAGGCAGGCUUAUUAAAAAGGAGCAUUUCACUCCUUUUGGCGAGAUUUCUCGGAGCUGGGGCACUGGCUCAUCAGCCUAGGGCUGUAGGCGGAGGUUAGUCUGGGGCAAGCGGCGGGAUCUGCGGGCAAGGGGGCCAUUGUGCUGCUCCUGCCAGCAGUCCCAGCUCCCAUUUUUCUCCCUGCUCAGUCCGACACCCACCCGUCCGACUUUCUUAGGCAACCCUAGAAGGCUCCUGGAAUCCACUUCCGCUCUCCACGGCCUGGGGCUUGCCCCACCUCCCGGCAUGCCCCGGGCUGCCCUGCAGGACGCCCCCCCGCGCAGUGCAUGGUGGGGUAGCCAGCCGGCCACCUUUGGGCCAUGGCAGCCGAAGGUGCUCUGUGCGGUUUCGUCUAUCUGGAGGGCACUGCCUGGGCGGUCCCUGAGGACACCGAACCCUUGGCAUCCUGCACAUUGGGACAUGGCAACCACAGAGAGAGCAGCCCUUUUCUUUCCCCCUUGGAGGCUUCCAGAGGAAGUGACUACUAUGACAGGAACCUGGCACUGUUUGAGGAAGAGCUGGACAUCCGCCCAAAGGUAUCGUCUCUUCUGGGAAAGCUCGUCAGCUACACCAACCUCACCCAGGGCGCCAAAGAGCAUGAGGAGGCUGAGAGUGGGGAGGGCAUCCGCCGGAGGGCAGCCGAGUGACCACUGUGAUAGGGAGUAUCAGAUGCCAAAGGAAUGCGAGAGGGAGAACCAACUCCACCUGAGGCAACCUUCGGACAUCUUCCUGAGAGAGGCACCCAGCAUGGGCACCCUCAUGGGGGUGUACCUGCCCUGCCUGCAGAAUAUCUUUGGGGUUAUCCUCUUCCUGCGGCUGACCUGGAUGGUGGGCACAGCAGGUGUGCUACAGGCCCUCCUCAUCGUCCUUAUCUGCUGCUGUUGUACCCUGCUGACGGCCAUCUCCAUGAGUGCCAUCGCCACCAACGGUGUGGUUCCAGCUGGCGGCUCCUAUUUCAUGAUCUCUCGUUCACUGGGGCCAGAAUUUGGAGGUGCUGUGGGCCUGUGCUUCUACCUGGGAACGACAUUCGCAGCAGCCAUGUACAUCCUGGGGGCCAUCGAGAUCUUGCUGACCUACAUUGCCCCACCAGCUGCCAUUUUUUACCCAUCGGGUGCUCAUGACACGUCGAAUGCCACUUUGAACAAUAUGCGUGUGUAUGGGACCAUUUUCCUGACCUUCAUGACCCUGGUGGUGUUUGUGGGGGUCAAGUAUGUGAACAAAUUUGCCUCGCUCUUCCUGGCCUGUGUGAUCAUCUCCAUCCUCUCCAUCUAUGCUGGGGGCAUAAAGUCUAUAUUUGACCCUCCCGUGUUUCCGGUAUGCAUGCUGGGCAACAGGACCCUGUCCCGGGACCAGUUUGACAUCUGUGCCAAGACAGCUGUAGUGGACAAUGAGACAGUGGCCACCCAGCUAUGGAGUUUCUUCUGCCACAGCCCCAACCUUACGACCGACUCCUGUGACCCCUACUUCAUGCUCAACAAUGUGACCGAGAUCCCUGGCAUCCCCGGGGCAGCUGCUGGUGUGCUCCAGGAAAACCUGUGGAGCGCCUACCUGGAGAAGGGUGACAUCGUGGAGAAGCAUGGGCUGCCCUCCGCAGAUGCCCCGAGCCUGAAGGAGAGCCUGCCUCUGUACGUGGUCGCCGACAUCGCCACAUCCUUCACCGUGCUGGUCGGCAUCUUCUUCCCUUCUGUAACAGGCAUCAUGGCUGGCUCAAACCGCUCUGGGGACCUUCGUGACGCCCAGAAGUCUAUCCCUGUGGGGACCAUUCUGGCCAUCAUUACAACUUCCCUCGUGUACUUCAGCAGUGUGGUUCUCUUUGGCGCCUGCAUUGAGGGUGUGGUUCUCCGGGACAAGUAUGGCGAUGGUGUCAGCAGGAACUUGGUGGUGGGCACACUGGCCUGGCCUUCACCCUGGGUCAUCGUCAUUGGCUCCUUCUUUUCAACGUGUGGCGCUGGCCUCCAGAGCCUCACAGGGGCACCACGCCUAUUGCAGGCCAUUGCCAAGGACAACAUCAUCCCCUUCCUCCGGGUGUUUGGCCACGGGAAGGUGAAUGGUGAACCCACAUGGGCACUCCUCCUGACGGCGCUCAUCGCCGAGCUGGGCAUCCUCAUCGCCUCCCUCGACAUGGUGGCCCCCAUCUUAUCCAUGUUCUUUCUGAUGUGCUACCUGUUCGUGAACCUCGCCUGUGCGGUGCAGACACUCCUGAGGACUCCCAACUGGCGGCCCCGGUUCAAGUACUAUCACUGGGCGCUGUCCUUCCUGGGCAUGAGUCUCUGCCUGGCCCUUAUGUUUGUCUCCUCCUGGUACUAUGCCCUGGUGGCCAUGCUCAUCGCCGGCAUGAUCUACAAAUACAUCGAGUACCAAGGGGCUGAGAAGGAGUGGGGUGACGGGAUCCGAGGCCUGUCCCUGAGCGCUGCCCGCUACGCACUGUUGCGGCUGGAGGAGGGGCCUCCUCACACCAAGAACUGGCGGCCACAGCUGCUGGUGCUGCUGAAGCUGGACGAGGACCUGCACGUGAAGUACCCGCGGCUCCUCACCUUCGCCUCCCAGCUCAAGGCUGGCAAGGGCCUGACCAUUGUUGGUUCUGUCAUCCAGGGGAGCUUCUUGGAGAGCUAUGGCGAGGCUCAGGCCGCCGAGCAGACCAUCAAGAACAUGAUGGAAAUUGAGAAGGUGAAGGGCUUCUGCCAGGUGGUGGUGGCCAGCAAGGUGCGGGAAGGGCUGGCCCACCUCAUCCAGUCCUGCGGCCUGGGAGGCAUGCGGCAUAACUCCGUGGUGCUGGGCUGGCCCUACGGCUGGCGACAGAGCGAGGACCCCCGUGCCUGGAAGACCUUCAUUGACACCGUGCGCUGCACUACGGCUGCCCACCUGGCCCUGCUCGUGCCCAAGAACAUCGCCUUCUACCCCAGCAACCACGAGCGCUACCUGGAGGGCCACAUAGACGUGUGGUGGAUCGUGCACGAUGGUGGCAUGCUCAUGCUUCUGCCCUUCCUGCUGCGCCAGCAUAAGGUCUGGAGGAAGUGCCGGAUGCGCAUCUUCACAGUGGCCCAGAUGGAUGACAACAGCAUCCAGAUGAAGAAGGACCUGGCUGUCUUUCUGUACCAUCUGCGCCUUGAGGCCGAGGUGGAGGUGGUGGAGAUGCAUAACAGUGACAUCUCUGCAUACACCUACGAGCGGACGCUGAUGAUGGAGCAGCGGUCGCAGAUGCUGCGGCAGAUGAGACUGACCAAGACUGAGCGGGAGCGAGAAGCCCAGCUGGUCAAGGAUCGGCACUCGGCCCUGCGGCUGGAGAGCCUGUACUCAGACGAGGAAGAUGAGUCUGCAGUGGGGGCUGACAAGAUCCAGAUGACGUGGACCAGGGACAAGUACAUGACUGAGACCUGGGACCCCAGCCAUGCCCCUGACAAUUUCCGGGAGCUGGUGCACAUUAAGCCGGACCAAUCCAAUGUGCGGCGCAUGCACACUGCUGUGAAGCUCAAUGAAGUCAUUGUCACGCGCUCCCACGACGCCCGCCUGGUUCUCCUAAACAUGCCUGGCCCACCCAGGAACAGUGAGGGCGACGAGAACUACAUGGAGUUCCUCGAGGUGCUCACCGAGGGCCUUGAGCGGGUGCUGUUGGUGCGCGGUGGUGGCCGUGAAGUCAUCACCAUCUACUCGUGAGCCCAGUGUCAUCUUGUGGCCUGGAGUCGAGGUCUUGGCCAGGACAUAACAAGCUGUGGUCUGGGGUAACAGCCUCUUCCCAGCACCCACCUGCCAGCCCUGCUUGCCUGGCCCUGUCCUGGACCCAGCUUUGCUAGGUCUCCUUGGAAACCAGGCCUGGGCCUCAAAAUAGAGAUGGAUCCCAGGUCUUGUGGGACCCUGGGAUGUUUGGGGACUUUACUAUCUAGCACCCCAGUAGGCCUGUCCUGGCCAGAGAAGACUGGUAGGGGCCGAGUGGGGUUUGAAGGCAGCCGGCCCGGCCCAGCCCAGGAGCGCUAUUUAUUGCAUAUUUAUUGUUUGGAUGUCACCAUCAGAGACGAAGGGAAGGGUAGCCAGGGAGGGAGUCCAGCCCAGCUGCCUGCAGGAAGAUCUGGCUCAGUCUACUAUGGGCAGGGCCCCCCACCAAGCUGAGCCGAAUGGAGACAGCCGAGCUGAGGCCUGACUUUUUCAAUAAAACAUUGUGUACUUCUGGGC